AAAAUCCUCUGAACCUGUAAGAAGAGAACACAGCCGGCAUGGACACACCCUUACCCUUAGUCUCAGUUCCCACCAAGACACAGAGCAUUUCCUGCGCCUUUUCCGCUAUUUCACAACCUGCCUUUUCUUGCUCACCAACGACACAGGCUUCUUUUCCUGCCAGAAGCCAGACAGCUGGCUCCAGCCUCUCCUGCUCAGCACCAUGGCUAAGACCCCUAGUGACCAUCUGCUGUCCACCCUGGAGGAGCUGGUGCCCUAUGACUUCGAGAAGUUCAAGUUCAAGCUGCAGAACACCAGUGUGGAGAAGGAGCACUCCAGGAUCCCCCGGAGCCAGAUCCAGAGAGCCAGGCCGGUGAAGAUGGCCACCCUGCUGGUCACCUACUACGGGGAAGAGUACGCCGUGCAGCUGACCCUGCAGGUCCUGCGGGCCAUCAACCAGCGCCUGCUGGCCGAGGAGCUCCACAGGGCAGCCAUUCAGGAAUAUUCCACACAAGAAAACGGCACAGACGAUUCCGCAGCGUCCAGCUCCCUGGGGGAGAACAAGCCCAGGAGCCUGAAGACUCCAGACCACCCCGAGGGGAAGGAGGGGAACGGCCCUCGGCCGUACGGGGGCGGGGCUGCCAGCCUGCGGUGCAGCCAGCCCGAGGCCGGGAGGGGGCUGUCGAGGAAGCUCCUGAGCAAACGCAGAGAGAAGGCCUCGGAGGGCCUGGACGCGCAGGGCAAGCCUCGGACCCGGAGCCCGGCCCUGCCCGGCGGGAGAAGCCCCGGCCCCUGCAGGGCGCCAGAGAGGGACCAGGCCGAGGUCCGGCUGCGCAGAAACGCCAGCUCCGCGGGGAGGCUGCAGGGGAUGGCGGGGGGCGCCCCGGGGCGGAAGGAGUGCAGGCCCUUCGAAGUGUAUCUGCCCUCGGGAAAGAUGCGGCCUAGAAGCCUUGAGGUCACCAUUUCUACAGGGGAGAAGGCGCCCGCAAAUCCAGAAAUUCUCCUGACUCUAGAGGAAACGACAGCUGCGAAUCUGGACUCGGCAACAGAACCCCGGGCAAGGCCCACUCCGGAUGGAGGGGCAUCUGCGGACCUGAAGGAAGGCCCUGGGAAUCCAGAACAUUCGGUCACCGGAAGGCCACCAGACACGGCUGCGAGUCCCCAUUGCCACGCCCAGGAAGGAGACCCAGUUGGCGGUACCUGUGAGCAUGAUUCCUGCAGCUGCCCCGAGGCAGUUUCUGGGCACCCCCAGGCCUCAGGCAGCCGCUCACCUGGCUGCCCCCGGUGCCAGGACUCCCAUGAAAGGAAGAGCCCGGGAAGCCUAAGCCCCCAGCCCCUGCCUCAGUGUAAGCGCCACAUGAAGCAGGUCCAGCUGCUCUUCUGCGAGGAUCACGAUGAGCCCAUCUGCCUCAUCUGCAGUCUGAGUCAGGAGCACCAAGGCCACCGGGUGCGCCCCAUUGAGGAGGUCGCCCUGGAACACAAGAAGAAAAUUCAGAAGCAGCUGGAGCAUCUGAAGAAGCUGAGAAAAUCAGGGGAGGAGCAGCGAUCCUAUGGGGAGGAGAAGGCAGUGAGCUUUCUGAAACAAACUGAAGCGCUGAAGCAGCGGGUGCAGAGGAAGCUGGAGCAGGUGUACUACUUCCUGGAGCAGCAAGAGCAUUUCUUUGUGGCCUCACUGGAGGACGUGGGCCAGAUGGUUGGGCAGAUCAGGAAGGCUUAUGACACCCGCGUAUCCCAGGACAUCGCCCUGCUCGACGCGCUGAUUGGGGAACUGGAGGCCAAGGAAUGCCAGUCAGAAUGGGAACUUCUGCAGGACAUUGGAGAUAUCUUGCACAGGGCUAAGACAGUGCCUGUCCCUGAACACUGGACCACUCCUCAAGAGAUAAAACAAAAGAUCCAACUCCUCCACCAGAAGUCAGAGUUUGUGGAGAAGAGCACAAAGUACUUCUCAGAAACCCUGCGUUCAGAAAUGGAAAUGUUCAAUGUUCCAGAGCUGAUUGGCGCUCAGGCACAUGCUGUUAAUGUGAUUCUGGAUGCAGAAACCGCUUACCCCAACCUCAUUUUCUCUGAUGAUCUGAAGAGUGUUAGACUUGGAAACAAGUGGGAGAGGCUGCCUGAUGGCCCGCAAAGAUUUGACAGCUGUAUCAUUGUUCUGGGCUCUCCAAGCUUCCUCUCCGGCCGCCGUUACUGGGAGGUGGAGGUCGGAGACAAGACAGCAUGGAUCCUGGGAGCCUGCAAGACGUCCAUAAGCAGGAAAGGGAACAUGACUCUGUCGCCAGAGAAUGGCUACUGGGUGGUGAUAAUGAUGAAGGAAAAUGAGUACCAGGCGUCCAGCGUUCCCCCGACCCGCCUGCUAAUAAAGGAGCCUCCCAAGCGUGUGGGCAUCUUUGUGGACUACAGAGUUGGAAGCAUCUCCUUUUACAACGUGACAGCCAGAUCCCACAUCUAUACAUUCGCCAGCUGCUCUUUCUCUGGGCCCCUUCAACCUAUCUUCAGCCCUGGGACACGUGAUGGAGGGAAGAACACAGCUCCUCUGACUAUCUGUCCAGUGGGCGGUCAGGGGCCUGACUGAAUGCCCAACACUGCAUCUCUCUUCCUGCUUCUGGCCUUGUAUCUUGCAUUCACACACUCAAUAGUCACGGAAUGCCGACUAGGUGCUAGCUGCUAUGGGAAAUGCAAAAAUAACAAAAUAGUUACUGUGCCCACGGAGCCUACCCGAUUAUAGCAGAGGUAAGUUAGGAACGAACAUGUUAGUCAAUCCGGGUGAAGACGUACUGAUGACACACCAUGGAUUUCAGAGGAGGAAGUACGGGGUCGUUGCAUAAUCCGCCCCUGGUGAGUGGCACUCUCAGGUGCUCCUGAACAGAAGAUUUGGCCCUCAUUUUCCCUCAGAACCCCAUGGCAAGGAUAUAUGUCCCCUUGUUCUCUCUGCUUCUGUCUUGAGGAUAUGGGAAGCCUAGAGAAACGCAAGCAGACUGGAUUGGGAUAGAAGUAUUUGUGUACCUGGAUUAAUGAACUAUGAUUUUUUUUUUUUUUUGAGACGGAAUCUUGCUCUGUGGCCCAGGCUGGAGUGCAGUGGCACGAUCUCAGCUCACUGCAACCUCCACCUCCCAGGUUCAAGCGAUUCUCCUGCCUCAGCCUCCUGAGCAGCUGGGAUUACAGGUGCAUGCCACCACACCAGGCUGGUUUUCUUGUAUUUUUAGUAGAGACGGGGGUUUCACCACGUUAGCCAGGCUGGUCUCGAACUCCUGACCUCAGGUGAUCCACCCGCCUCAGCCUCCCAAAGUGCUGGGAUUACAGGCAUGAGCCACCGUGCCUGGCAUAUGAUUCUUUUUUUUUUUUUUUUUGAGACAAAGUUUUGCUCUUGUCGCCCAGGCUGGAGUGCAGUGGCGCAAUCUUGGCUCACUGCAACCUCCGCCUCCCAGGUUCAAGAGAUUCUCCUGCCUCAGCCUCCGAAGUAGCUGGGAUUACAGGCGCCCGCCACCAUGCCCGGCUAAUUUUUUGCAUUUUUAGUAGACAUGAGGUUUCAUCAUGUUGGCCAGGCUGGUCUCAAACUCCUGACCUCAGGUGAUCCACCCACCUCAGCCUCCCAAAGUGCAGGGAUUACAGGCAUGAGCCACCAUGCCUAGCCAUGAUUCUUAAGAGAAUUGACUGGGCCUCAUGAAUAAAAAAAUUAGAAAAUCUGGUCAUUUGCAUUUGUCACUCAAUCACUGUGGAAUCCCAUUUCCCGACUGCAUUUCAUGAAGCAGAUGGGACUACUGUAUGGAAAAACAUUUGGCAUGUAUUCCAAGUGUCAGAUUAUUCUGUCUUGGUUUGUAUGGGAAAAUCUGCGGGUUGUAGAAUAUUAGGUUCUACUUCACACACAUCCCGUGCAUUUGUCCUUCAUUUAAAGAGAUGUAAAGGGGCCGGGCAUGGUGACUCACAUCUGUAAUCUCAGCAUUUUGGGAGGCAAAGGUGGGUGGAUCGCCUGAGCCCAGGGAUUGAGACCAGCUGGGCAAUGUGGUGAAAACCCGUCUCUACAAAAAAUACAAAAAUUAGCCAUAGGGACGGGGGUGGGAGGAUGGCUUGAGCGCAGGAGAUCGAGGCUGCAGCAGUGAACUGAGACUGCACUACGGCAAUCCAGCCUGGGCAACAGAGUGAGUCCCUGUCUCCAAAAAGUGGAUGUAAGAAGAAAAAAAUCAAAUGAAGAUUAAAUUCCAAACUCCUAUGCCAACUCCUCUGUCUUCACUACUAGAGUGCAGAUUGGAGUCAGAUACUCCAUGGCUAUGAUGAGAGCAGGUAAACUUGCUGGGCUUUCCUCCAUGAGUUUUAUUCUAUAAGAGUAAUCCACAUCCCAGGACAGUUCACAUGACCUACGGCUUAGCUGUUCCCUGCGGUGGGUCAUGUCUUAUUCCCGAUUCUCCCUUGUUAUAAGCUUUUCAUGAAUAUCUUUGUGUAUAUUUUCCAUCACCUCACCAUAUACAUAUUUUUUCUCCUGUGUUAUUCCUAAAAUGGUUCCUGAAUGCGAAAUAUCUGAUAAUGCUUCCUACGGGUUGCCAUACGAUCCUUUGCAAAGAUUUUUAAAAUAUUUCAUGCCCAAAGCAAUGACUGCCAUUUAAAAUUUUUUUGCUGAUUUAAUAGGGAUGUAAUGAGGCCUUACUUCUGUUUUAUUUCAUUACCUGUUAAUGAGGCUGUGAAUUUUUCCAUGUGAAUUUCUGCUUUUUGCUUCAUUCUAUGGAAAUUGUACAGUUCCUUUGAAUACUUGCUAUUUGGAAUCUACAUAUUGAACUUCGUGUUUUGCUGUACUUCUUCAUACAUGUUUUAGGCUGGGUGCAGUGGCUCACGCCUGCAAUCCCAACACUUUGGGAGCCAGAGGUGGGCAGAUCGCUUGCAUCCAGGGUUCGAGACCAGCCUGGGCAACAUGGCAAAACCUCGUCUCUACCAAAAAAUACAAAAAUUAGCCAGGCAUGGUGGUGAGCACCUGUAGUCCCAGCUGCUCCGGAAGCUGAGGCAGGAGAAUUGCUUGAGCCUUUGAGGCAGAGGCUGCAGUAAGCCGAGAUUGUGCCACUGCACUCCAACCUCGGCAACAGAACAAGACCCUGUCUCAAAAAAUAAAAAAAUUAAAAAAGGAAAACAAAAACAAAUGUUUUAGGUAGUACACAUUUGAAUCUGUCUGAUGAAAUUUCUCUGCCUAGUGGUUAUUUUAUGGAGCUCUAAAUCCAUACCAUAAAAUGCAUCCUUUUAAAGUGGAAAAUUCAGUGUUUCUUAGUAUAUGCAUUGUGUGUAUAAAUAUCACCACUAAUACCAGAACAUUUUAUCAUAUGUAUUAGCAGUCACUCCCCAUUCUCCCCCAUUCCCCAGAGCAUGUAAACCACUAAGCUACUUUCUGUCUCUAUGGAUUUGCCUCUUCUGGACAUAUGAUGUUAAGUGGAAUCAUACAAUAUGUGAGUUUUUUGUUACUGACUUCUUUUGCUUAGUAUGUUUUCAUGGUCCAUCCACGUUGUAGCAUGUGUCAGUACUUUCAUCCUGUUUUAUCACUGAAUAAUCCAUUAUAUGAUUACAUGUAUAUAUCACUUCUUGUUCAUCCACUGAUCACUUAGGGGACAUUGGGUUGUUUCCACUUUUAGGCUAGUGUGAACACGUUAUUGUGUGAACACACAUUUCCAUUUCUCUUGAGUUUAUACCUUGAAAUUGAACUGCUUGUUCACAUGGUAACUGUGUUAAGAAACUGCCAGCCGGGUGCGGUGGCUCACGCCUGUAAUCCCAGCACUUUGGGAGGCCGAGGCAGGCGGAUCACAAGGUCAGGAGAUCGAGACCAUCCUGGCUAACACGGUGAAACCCCGUUUCUACUAAGAAUACAAAAAAAUUAGCCAGGCGUGGUGGUGGGCGCCUGUAGUUCCAGCUACUGAGGAGGCUGAGGCAGGAGAAUGGCAUGAAUCCAGGAGGCGGAGCUUGCAGUGAGCCGAGAUGGUGCCACUGCACUCCAGCCUGGGUGACAGAGCAAGACUCCAUCUCAAAAAAAAAAAAAAAAAGAAACUGCCAAACUGUUUUCCAAAGUAGCUGGACCAUUUUAGGUCCUUUCCAAAGUAGGUGGACCACCAGCAAUAUAGGAGGGUUUCAUUUUCUCCACAUCCUCACCAAUAACAUUUUUAUGGUAUUUUUUAUUAUAGUAAUUCUAGUGUGUGUGAAGUGGUAUCUCAUUAUAGUUUUGAUUUGCAUUCAAGAUCUUUUAAAUAGGAAAUUCUUGCUUCACUUAGUUUUACUCCUAGAUGAUCAGAUACUAAAUUAACUCACCUUUCAAAUAGUUGUUUUUUUCAACUACAAAAGGAACACUCGUUAUUUGAAAAUGUAUGGAUUUAUAAAACAUAAAAAGUGACAAAUUCCUUCUAAUCCUACUCCUUAGAGACAACCAAUAUUAACUCUCUUUCCCUCCCCCCUGGCCAACAUUUCUAGAAAGCAACUGUUAACUCUUGUUAUUGUAUAUUCCUCCAGUUAAAAAAAAAAAAAGCAUAGGCUGGGGGCGGUGGCUCACACCUGUAAUCCCAACACUUUGGGAGGCCAAGGCGGGCAGAUCACGAGGUCAAGAGAUCGAGACCAUCCUGGCCAACAUGGUGAAACCCCCAUCUCUACUAAAAAUACAGAAAUUAGCUGGGUGU